UGUCUCCUGAAACAAAACUCAACAAGCCAUCAACAUGUAGUUACAAUAGUUUUGCUGAUUCGUUCCAAUCGGCCAACGGCUUAUCACCAGGCGACGUCACCUGUGACUGGAAUAAAAAGCACGAUCAUCAUCUCCCGAAAGAGAUCCCUCUGAAGGAGAUGGUGUCGGGUGGCCCAAAUCUCUUUGACCAAAACCUGUCAAACCUCAAAGACACAGACAAGGAGCACUCAAGCCAGGACAGCCUCUUGCCUCUGUGUACUGUAUCUAUCAUCUUUGCCAUUGGAGUGACCGUGGCUUUGAUCCUGCAUUUGAAACUGGGGGAAAGAUUGGUGUACGUUAAAGGUGUGCUGGUGUCGGAUCACGAGCUCUGCACUGAGCUUGGUCAAAAAGUCCUUCAGGAUUGUGGAUCAAGUGUGGAUGCAGCCAUCGCUGCCACCCUGUGUCUGGGUGUCGUGCAUCCACAUGUGUCAGGUGUUGGUGGAGGUGGGGUGAUGAUGGUUCAUGACAUCAGUAGGAACGAAACCAGAGUAAUCGAUUUUCAGGGAGCCGCACCCAAAACACUCACAGAGGAGAUGCUGCGAAAUGCUUCAGAGCUUGAGGCAGGUCUACAAGUAGGAGUGCCAGGUAUGCUCAGAGGGUUACAUCAUGCUCACCACCUGUACGGAAGUCUACUAUGGGACGAUGUGGUCACCAGAGCCGCCGCUGUUGCUAAAGAAGGUUUCAAUGUGUCUCUCAGUCUCGCUGAGGCUAUAUCGAAAGUAAAAGGUGAGCAUCUACCUCAGCGUUUCCUCGAUAUGUUCUUCCCUGGGGGCCAAGCUCUGCGUGCUGGGUCGUUUCUGAGGAUGCCUGUCCUGGCAGGAGUUCUAGAGGCUGGUCUGUCAAACGGAUACAGUGGUAACUUCACACAAGACAUAGUGGAUGAGGUGCGAGCAAAUGGCGGAGUCUUGAGCCGAGAGGACAUCUAUAACUACACUGUCGAAGUUGAGCAACCGGUUGAAGGCCUGUAUAAUGAGUUUAUAAUCCAAGUUCCCCCUCCUCCAUCUGCCGGUGCAGCAUUGAUAUCAGCUCUCAGUUUGUUACAAGGCUUCCACCUCAAUGAGAACAAUAACACAGAAAAUCAAACAUACCACUGGAUUGAUGAGGCCCUGAAAGGAGCUUUAGCUGCGGCCAGUGGUUUGGCUGACCCUCAGUAUAACUCUUCAGUGACUGAGCUGCCCUUGGAUAUGCUGAGGACGAGACAUGUGGAAGUGCUUCGUCAGAGUUUCAGUCACUCCCACAAGAUGCUACCCGAGCAGACAGAGCUGCAGGCUGGACGAGUAGUAGUCAUGGGGCCAGACGACCUCAUGGUGACAGUGGCAAGUUCCUUAAGCAGGCCGUUCGGGAGCAGACUCAUAACUCGCUCAGGUGUUCUUCUCAACAGCCUCGUCCUGGACUUCUCCUGGCCAAACAAAACGAGAGGGCAUUUCCAAACCAACCCGAGAAACGAAGUCCAGCCAGGAAAGAGGCCCCUGUCAUUCCUCAUGCCCACAAUUGUGGUGCCAGCCUGGAAUAAAUGUGGGAUCUACAUGGCACUGAGCAGCUCUGGUGGACAAGAGAGUCUCAGUGCGAUCACCCAGUUGUUGAUCGAUGCACUGACCAACCACGGAGAGAAAAAUGUCAGCCUCUCCCUGAAAAGACUCCACCCGCCCAGCAGACUUCUUGUUGACUCUGAGUUUCCAGAAGAGGGGACAGAGUUCUUACAUCAAAACAUUCGUUCAGCUCAAAGAAUGAAGACAAACUCUAUUGUUCAGGGGAUCCUCAAGAACAAAGAUGUUAUGAAACCAUUAUCUGAUGGUUUAUAGUAGCUUUAUAGAUCUCAUGAACUUUACUUUAUUCCACAUAUUUGGCAGCACCAGGAUGAGCUGUUGUUGCACUCAAUGAUGUAAGUUUAUGCUUUCUUAUGUACAACGCCCCCCAGAUAAUCAACAAAAAUUGAUUAAAUGAAUAAUAAAGCAAUGAGACUUUUUAAUAUA